AAGUGAACUAGUUGAAAAAAUAAAAAUGUUUUCCUUAGCAGAAAGGCGGGAUCAUAUAGAAGCUUUGGCGCCUAAAUAUUAUUAGGAAAUUAUUUUGUGUUAAUGAGCAGUUGAAUUAAAAUUUACAUCAAUUCUGAUUUCUGAAAAUAACAAUUUCUUUCCGGCGGAUCAAGCCGCCACAAACUUCGAAAUGUUGACACACAAAACCGCUACAACUCAAUAAAAUCUCCAUUCGAUUAUAAUUUCUCCGCCAGAAACUUAGGGUUAAGCUUUAUAAAUUCAUCCCCGACUGCAUUUCCUCUAUUUCUUUGUCUCUCAGUCUUCUCUCCCGUUCUAUUCACCCUCUUCCGGGCACUCACUGUCGCACCAGUCGAUUGCAUUGCUUCCACCGCCGUAUCUGCCGCCCUCUCUCCGCUCUGGCCACUUCAGUAGUCACCGAUAAACAUCUCAUCAGGAGGAGCUAACCCAUCCAAACGUGCGGCAUCGACUACUACUAGUGGUACUUGCAAGGUUGCUAAAGUAGUUUCUUGCUCUCCUAAAGACCAGUUUAUACCUAUGGCGACGACUGCACAUACACAAACUCCAUCUCCUCACACCUAUACUCUGCCUCCACCUACUCACACUCAGACUCCAUCUAUCCAUGCUUCAUCAGCUGUAUAUCCUCAACAUGCAUAUGCACAGCCGACAUAUACACCACCGCCAUACAUACAACCAACACUCACACCGCCGGGAUGUGAACAACCUUCAUAUCCACCUACUUGUACUCAGACUCCAUCUACCUAUACUUCAUCAGCUGUAUAUCCACAUAAUGCAUACGCACAGCAGACAUAUAGACCAUCGCUAUACGCACCGCCGGCAUAUGCACCACCUUCAUAUCCACCUACUUGUACUCAAACUCCAUCUACCUAUGCUUCAUCAGCUGUAUAUCCACAAAAUGCAUAUGUACCAACGCCAUACCCACCUACAUAUCCACAACAUGAAUAUGCACCGCUGGUGUAUACACCAUCAACAUACACACAUCCGACAUUCACACCACUGACAUAUGCACCACCUUCAUAUCCACCAUGUUCAUAUCCCCCACCUUCAUAUCCACUAUCGGGUGAACAUUCACACAAACGUCCACUCGCUGGUAAGAGGAAUGGUGUCGCAUCGACUACUACUAGUCCUACUUGUAGGGUUACUCAAGUAGUUUCUUGUUCUCUAAACCAGUUUACACCUAUGACGACAACUGCUCAGAUACAGACUUCAUCUCCUUAUGCCUAUACUCUUCCUCCACCAACUCAAUCUCCAUCUACCCAUAUUCCAUUACCUGUAUAUCCGCAACAUGCAUGUGCACCACCUGUGUAUACACCGUCGGCACAUGCUGCACCUGUGAAUACACCAUCGGCAUACGCACCACCGACAUAUCCACUAUCAGGUGGACCUUCAGAAAAAGUACCGCAAUUUAUUCCCAUGCCCAAGCCGCAGAUCCAAGGAACACAAGGAACUUCGUUUAUGCCUGGUCAUCCUAAGUCGUCUCAGCCUGAGCCGCCAGAGCUUGAGCCUUUUCAGGCUGAUAAGGAUGGCAUUCAUGAUGCAGAGCAUUUGAUUGAUAGUGACGUGGAGAAGGAUUCUGAGAAGGUUGAGGUGUAUGGCGACGGUCAACAAAUUAUUCAACCUUCCACCAAAGAAUUUUUGCCUUCAAAUUCCGCAACAAAGAACACUCUGACAGUUAUACAAUCCCUAAAGGAUGAUGAUAGGGCAAAUUUUAUCAAGGCUUUAAGUGAAAAUUAUGUGUGGAAUAACCAACACAUUGAUCAGAUUGAGAGUAACUUUCUUUCGGCAGUCUCACAUUACUUAUCUGAUACGUUGAACGAAGUCCGUCUUAAGGGUCAGCGCACGCAUUGGAUAAGCGAGACUAUAUGGCAGUGCUUGCUGGAGCACUGGAGUUCCGCUAAUUUUCAAUUGACCUAUGCUAAAGAAAAGGCAAACAUGACAUCAGAUAAAAGCGAAAGCGGUUCCAUCAGCACAUCACAAGACACAGCUGGAAUGGAGAAUUUUGAGGCGACGAUGUCUCGGACUAGAUCUCAGUCUAACUCAACUUCUCGGUCUAUGAGUUGUAACCUUAAUGCUGCUACCUCACUUUCCGCUUCUGGCAUAGAUGGAGGUAAGAAAAAGAGAUGCUUAAACGAUGUUGGAACUCUUGCCACAAACUCCAAGGAAGGGACCAAGGCCAAGCGCCUUAAUAUUUCUUUAGAUAAUACAAAAACAUCAGCAGCAAGUAAUGCUAGGCAGCCGAAGCCUGAUAUGGUUGAAGUGUUACAGAGUUUGGCGACUUCUAGUGCAGAGACUGGUCAAGCACUAAAGGAAAUGAUGAAGUCGCAACAGGAAUUGCUGAGGAUAAUACAAGAAGAGCGAGAAGAGCGUAUGCUAGCUCAUGCCCAAAAGCAGCCCCAAACCUUCUAAUGACUCUACUUUGAGGCGAUCAAGAUGUUGAUGCUGGUGCUGAUGAGGAAUGAUUAUGCUUCAUAGACGUUAUUUGUUUUGUUUUGUUUGGGCCAAUUGUUUUUUCCAACUUUUAUUUAAGCAAAGACCUUGGUAAAAUGAAAAUAUCAAGAAGAGACCAAAGUAUACCACAGUUAUUGGGUAUGAUUUCAGUCAUUUUUGUAUUAAUAUUUUGGCCUUUCUCUUGCA